UAGGUUAUCAUCUCACCAUCUUCGAUCAGCUGUACGAAAACAUAAUACCAGAAACAUGGCUUUGUUUCCAAGCUUUAGUCUCCAAAGGUAUAUCAUUCAUCCUCGAAUGAAAAAACUAUAGCUACAAAAUUAUAGCGAACUCCAAAACUACCUUCAGCUGCAGACCAGCACAAUGGACCUGUUAAAGCAAACAAGGGUAAGAUUUCCUAUUCUAGGAGAGGAAAGCCAAGAUAAUCAAUAUAGCGCAAACAGAAGGCUAUCAGCGCAGACGACAAUUUCCUUCAAGGGAGAGAGAGAGAAGACUGGAAAAAGAUUCCAGAGAUGGCUCACUGGCCAAAUGAGUGUCUCAGACCCUUGGAGCGAUGGUGAUAUUGAAGCCGCGAUUGCAGCAGCUGCAUAUGCCAUUGCUUACAUGGAAGAAGGUUCACCAAACCACAAUGAACCCCGGAAAAAGUUGGGAAGAGACAUGACCAAGACCAAAAGCAAAAAGGAAGAAGAUAUCAUGAACAAGCCAACUGAUAACAGCAGUAUGAUCAAGCCUACUUAUACUGACACUAUGACCAAGCCAGCCGAUCCUAGUACAAUAUCCAGAUGGCUAAGUGAUGAGAGAUCUAUGAGAAAGUCUGCAACAUUUGACCAAAAGAUGCUGGAAGACGCUACGGGCACUACUCAUGACGCGGGAAAGGCAAGCGGAAAGAAGACUAUAAGGAAGUCAAAAUCAUUAGACCAAAUGAUGUUUGAAGACUCAAUCACUAACAUAAAGAAGCCAGAGAAGCCCACCGGAAAACCCCCUACGAUUAAGAAGACACCAACUUUUUCAGAUAAGUAUUUAAAUGAUAAGGAGAACAAAAGCUUCGAAGAAAGACAAGAUAUGGAAGCAGAGCAACCUGAACCAAUAUGGUACCCCAGAUAUAUGAAAUCAAUGAAAGAAGGAACAAAAGCAGAUGUGUGGGAGAAAGAACAGAUAGAUAAAAUAAGAAAAUGGUACAACAAAAUAAACUCAAAAAUUCUACAAUGGGAAACCGACAAGAAGGUCAAAGCCAAACGCAGACUAGUGAGAAAAGAGAAGGAACUCGAACAGAGACGGGCAAUAUACUUGCAAGAAUAUCGUAAUGAGAUAUCACGGGUUGACAAGAUCUCUAGUGGAGCAAGAGCAACUUCAGAAGAAAGGAAAAGAAUUAAAGAAUUAAAGACACAGGAGAAAGCCAAACAGCUAAGAAAUGGUGGAGCAGCAAAGGAGGAAGAAUGUAUCCUUGAGAAUACGAACCUAAUACAUCCACAAAGCUCAAUGUGCUUGUUCGUGGGAAAAUUGAAGAAGAAAUGAGAAUAAAAUUCUAUAUUAAUCUCCCUAACUAACUUAGGAAAAGAAUGAAUACAAUCUCUCGAUGUAAUCUCUCUCUAACUGAUUUAGAAAAAGAAAUUACUAUUAUUCUCGUAUCGGUUUUCCGAUUUACAAAAGAA